UAAAAAGCACGGCGGAAUUACCACCUUACCGCUGACUUUUAGCCACUUCCGUCCGGUUCAUUUACACAUUAUAUUGCUGAUUUCAACACAGUGUAUAUAAGUAUGCAUUAAGCAAGUAUUCUCACUACAAAUGUAUAUCAGCGUGAGAAGCGAAGACUUUCAGGUUUCGUAUGCAAAAUAUCUACUAUCGUCUAUGUUUGCAUUGCGAUGACAAGCGGAAGUAAGAUGCUGUAUAAAGUUAUUAUUCAGUAUUUGAACUGCUUCUCCAGCGUCAUCAUGUUUGUAUCUUCGGCGCCACACUGUGAAGUACCAACCAAUUUGGAAGCCCAACACAGGAUUCACUACGGGUUACGCAAUAAGUUUAUUUCCACAGAUAAACUAGCUCUACAGGCAACAAUACAAUUACCACUGCUGGAGUUGGAUAAAACUUGCCCAACAUCUAUUGGUAAAUCCAGUCAUGCCAGCAACCGAUCCACGUGUCCUUGGUACCUGAAAGUUAUCUAUGACAAAAACGUUUACCCUCCACUACGUACUGAAGUCGUGUGUCGUUGUAAACAUUGUCUAGGCACUGACCAUAACUACCAUUGUGUGGAAGUAUUUACUGAUAUGUAUGUUCUUAAUCGUACAGAAGCAUGUGUUGACGGGCUGUAUGUAUAUAAGCCAAGUAAAAUUAAAGUCGCUACAGCCUGUGUAUGUGUGCGGAAAAUCGAUCGAACCGUAACAUAGGUUAUGAGACUUGGACGCAGUUAAAUACAAUCUAUAAACCAGCUUUGACGUAAAGAUUGUUCAUACUCAACUACCUUGUCAUUAUGUUAUACUAUGUAUAACUUACUAAAAUUUGGUUAGACAUUAUGUAUGUAUGUAUGUAUCUAUGUAUGUAUGCAUGUAUGUAUGAACACUAUGACCGAACAAUUUCAUCCUGAAGUCACUAGUUUACCGCCUUUUCAUCACUGGAUUUGCUGAUGUUUUCAUUAAACUUGCCUCCAGUUCUCUCUACCACAUGGAUCGCCCUUCAGCCUUCAUCAUUGGACUCAUCUAUGUAACUCAUUACUUUCUAUCUUUUUUGUCGGACUUUGUAUACAACUUCCGAUCACUAUUUUAUUUAUAAACUUGUAAUUUAUAUAUAUUUUUCACUUGUUUCUAUAUUUUUCUUUCAAUUUACACUCUUUACAACAUCGAUUAAAAUUGUUAAUAAUUUCGUCAUGUAAAUAUAGAAUAUUAAUUAAUUGCAUUUGUGCAUAUUACCAUCGUUAAAUAAUUUAUAACAGUGAAAAACGUUGUGUCUCCGUAAUUUUCAAGCACAUAAAUACAUAAAUUCACAUAUAUGCACUCAUAUAUACACAGACUCAUUUAAAGUUAGAUCCUGAAGACGGAUGAAGCGCCUGUAAGCAUUUUGCUCGAUGUAUUAACCAUUCUACCAGCUAGCCACCUUGUUUGAAAUCAAUUGCAAGAAAUAGGCAGGCGGUGAGCCAGGAGAAUCGUUGGUUUCAAAGUAUUUCGAGAUACCACUAAGUUUGCUUCAAAUUUUUCGAUUUAAUGAAAUAAUUAACGGUGAUAUUUUCUAGUAUUAUUUAUUUUAAUAUUCACUGUCUCACUUAUCAACUGCCCUGUUUUGACAGAAGGAAACAAUAACGAGUUGGCCUUAUUAAAUGCUUCCCCAUACUUCAUGCGAUCGUUUCAUUUCUUAAUCCCAAAUCCCCAAAUUACUCUGUCUGGUGAGAUAUAUAUAUUAUUUAAUAGACACAAUGCAUAUUAUUAUUAUUAGUUUCAUAUGUUGAAAAAUACCCCAAACGUAAUUCAUCAGACACAAACCACAUAUCAUAAGAAACUAAAAACUGAAUGAGAGUAGAAACGCGAAAAGUUGAGAAGGAAGCAUUUAGAAAACUGGAAGUUUAAAAAACGGAAACGAACAGCGGUAAACAAAAAAGUAAAACUAUCUAUAAUAUACAUGUUUAUAGUGUAUCAGGCAAUCGUAUCAACAUUCAUUCGUGUGAUUUAAUAAAAAAUGUAUAUUUAUGAA